CCUUACAUGCCAGGCGUCAUCGAUACUAUGAAGAGCUCGAUAGUCGCGAAUCGCGAUUGUUACACUGAAAAAAGAAGAAGAAUGGAGGAUGGGGACGAUUUAACCAGUCAGGCUAUUGCCGAGCUCAUUCGAGAAAUCGGGGGUGGAGAUCCCGGGUCAUCCAGUGGAGUGCAAGAGCGAAAGGUGAAUCCUCUGGGCAAGCCAAACAAACGAUUUCUUGGACGAACCAUUAAGACUGCGCUGCGCCAUAACCAGCGGGAAAGUGAGCGAACGCAGGCCGAAUGCCAGCGAAAGUUGAAGGACUUGGAUGAAAGACACGAGAAAAGGAAAUCCAAUUACUAUUACAACCGAGAUGCGGGCAGACAUCGGAACAGAAGCAGCAGCUCAAGCCGCAUCCGAAGCCGAAGCCCGUCCAGGAAAGUGAAAAAGCGACGCAGUAGUAGCAGAAGGAGUAGCAGCAGCAGCAGCAGCAACAGAAGUAGUCGCAAAGAGCAACCAGUACCCACCGUGACAGGGAUGUCAUCAUCAGAAUUAUUUUUCCACCAUUCCAGGCAAAUGGCCUUAGCCGUGGCCAUGGCAUACAGUCACGGAGCUAACGGAGCACCGCAGAAUGGAAGAAAGACAAACGAUCGAGCGUCUUCUUCUCUCAGUGAUAUAGAUAUAGCCAGGGAGCUAAUGUCUGACGAUGAGCAUGGAAAUCCAGACUCCCCACUGAUUGAAUCCCUGUCCAUAUCAUCUAGCUAUAAUAGACGAGAGCUGCUAACCAUCAAUGUUAGUUCGAGUUCCGCGGAGAGUAGGGGUACAGAAUCGGAUCCAGUAGAUGUCGCUGGCAACUUCAUAGUCCUGGAUGAUAGUACAACCGAAUUGGAGUCCGGCCACAACAGUGAUAUAGAAAUAAUCAAAGAAUGUCAAGUAGAGCAAAAAAACGAGGAACCUGAACAUGGGCAGCAACAAGCAGCUGCAUGUUCUGCCAUCGACUCCGUGGACCUGACUGAAGAUUAGUUUGUUAAUUACUAAGUUUAAUGUUUUACUGAAAGAGGUGACUACUGUGGGAAAAGAGAUUACUUCCACAAAAAUGCUUUUCCUUCACAGUCAAGACUAUUUACUAUAAGGAUUCUACGCAGACAAUAUAUGCAUGUAGGAACAGAUGGUUGCUUUGAGGAAAAAUAUUUAUUUUCGAAUUAUUUAAGGAAAAAUU